CGCAUUCUACCAUCAAACUCGCCGUGACUUCGACUACUCUCAGAGAAAUCAUAUAAUACCUUCACCCAGGACCUUGGCGGUGAUGUUAUGACUCGUCUGAGUGCCCUACACUAUUGAUCGAAUCGCCACUCAGACUCCGACACAUCAAGCCAUCCGGUUUAUACAUCGCCCGCCUGCCAGCUGCUAUCUAAUCACGCAUUCCUUAACCGCCCAAAAUGCCUCCUCCAGGCCAGCCCAAGAAACCGGUCGAACCCUCCGUCGCCAACAGAGACCGCAACGAAUACAUCCCCUCCUUCAUCUCCAAGAAGCCCUUCUACAUCCCCGAAGAUGACACCACCGACUACCUCGAGCAUCAGCGCCUCCACAAAGCCGAAGAUGAAUCGAAAUCUUACGACCGCACCAAGAAAAUCAAGGCCAAGGCCACCAAGUUCCGAAAAGGCGCGUGCGAGAACUGCGGGGCGAUGGGACACAAGGUCAAAGAUUGCCUGAGUCGACCGCGGAAGCUCGGCGCACGGUGGACCGGAAAGGAUAUCGCGGCGGACGAGGAACGGCAAGCGAGGCUGGAGGACAGCUGGGAUGCGAAGCGGGAUCAGUACGCGACGUACGAUGCCAGCCAGUAUAACGAGACCGUAGUGCGGGAGUACGAAGAGAUGGAGACGUUGAAGCGGCUGGCACUGAAGAACCAAGAGCAGGAUGACGAGGAGGAGGGAGACGCGAAGGGAGAUCGGUAUGAGGAGGAGGCAGACAUGGGCCGCAAUCAAUCGACCGCCACGCGAAAUCUGCGGAUUCGGGAGGACGUCGCGGGCUACCUAAAAAGUUUGGAUCCGGAAUCGGCUAAGUACGACCCGAAAACGCGGACGAUGUUGAGCGGCAGCGAAGUGAUCGACCAGGCGUCAGAAUUGGUGGCCGAGGAGGGAUUCAUGCGCGCCUCGGGCGAGGCGGCCGAGUUCGAGAAGGCGCAGAGUUAUGCAUGGGAGUCACAAGAGCGCGGCGGCAAGGACCAGAUACAUCUACAAGCAAACCCGACGUCGGCACAGUUCCUUCGGAAGAAGGAGAAGGAAGACGCGGAGAAGAAGAGGGACGCGAGGAACAAGACACUGCUGGAGAAGUACGGAGGUGCGGAACAUCUUCAGGCGGCGCCGUUGAAAGACGCGGCUGUCAUCGAAUCAGAGCGGUUCGUGGAGUACGACGAAUCGGGACGCAUCAAAGGCGAACCGAAACCGAUAGCGAAGUCGAAAUACGCAGAGGACGUGUUCAUCCACAAUCACACGUCAGUAUGGGGAAGCUGGUGGUCAAACUUUCAAUGGGGCUACGCAUGCUGUCACUCGACAGUGAAGAACAGCUACUGCACAGGAGAAGAAGGGAAGCAGGCCUUUGAGGAAUCUAGCCGAUUGAGAAUAGCUGGCGAUAUCGAGGUUCCCAAGGAGAUCGCCUGGAAGGAGGAGGAAGUCCUCGAAAAGCACGUUCCCAACGCCGUGGAAAGCGAUGAAAAGGCGAAACGGGAUGAAAAGGACCAGGAGGCGCCGAAGAAGCGGACCCUCAACGAGAUGAUGGGUGGAAUCACGGAAGAGGAGAUGGAUGAGUAUCGUCGGAAGAAAACUUCUGCUGCGGAUCCGAUGGCCGGAAUGCUAGGGCAGGACGAAUUAGUACACUAGCCAUUGAUUCCCGAAUGAACAAAGC